AAUGCUUAAUACAAAAUAUUUGGAUUAAGACAACUUAUUUGAAUUGAUUAUUUUUUAAGGAUAUAAGAAUCUUGUGUUCUAUUGGAAUUUCGCUAAAGGAAUAGUCAACACAAAAGCAGAGAUUCAAGAUCUUUUGAAACAAAAUAGAAUACAAAAUAUAUAUGGUGUAAGUGAAGGCCUGAAAGGAUUCAGCCAAGCAUUUUCAAGCGAACCCAUUACUAAUUUCAGAUACUUUUUAACAAAUUAUUUUAAGUUCACCAUUUAUGAAAUGUGUUCAGGUGUGAAAAUUAUUUUACUAUCCAACAUUUCUGAUUAAACUGAUUAUUCAGAAACCCUUAAAGAGGUGUACACAAACUAUUUGGAAAUUAUAAAAAGAAAUCCUUUUUAUGUACACGGAGAGCCUUUGGAUAAUCCUCUAUUUAUAGAAAAAAUUACAGAUAUUUUUGAACCAUUUCAAAAGAAAAAAUGA